AGGGGAGGGACGGGGCGCCCGGAGCGGCUCCGCGGGCAGCGGAGACAGCAGUAACAGGAGCAGCAGCAGCAGCAGCAGCAGCAGCAGCACCGCCGCAGCGCCGAUCGCCCAUCGCCGGCCAUGGGGUUUGGCCGCCCGCCGGCCUCUCGCGCCCCGCCGCUGCGAACUGCUCUAUAUGGCUUAAAUGGACAUCAAAGUAUGUUUUUCAGCUGGAAUAUACAUCCCCUAACAAUCUGAUCCUUGGUGAACUAUCUACAAGGAAAGAAAGAACACGGUCUGCUUUUUACAGUUUGGGUCCUGCACAGAAGACCUGGAACGUGAAAGGAUAAGGAUCUGUCUUUGUUGAAGCCAUAGUGGAAGAGAUUUCCAAGCACCGUGAAUAGGGAAAAGAAAUACCCAGCUCUGCCUUUUUUUAAGCCUGUCUGGGAAAAACGAAUCUUCUUCCCCUGUGGACGGAGGUACUGCAGUUGUAGGUAUAGCCUAGGCCCCAGGUGGUGAGCAGCCCCGAGAGGACUAGCAGCAGCUGUCCGUGUUGCCUUAGCUUUCCCCCCACGUCGUGCUCCACCAGCACCAAGAUGGUCACCGUCAGGAAAAGGAACGUGAAGGUCUUCACAUUUGCCUUCGUGCUCAUCACAGUGACAUCGUUCCUGCUGAACUACAAGCAGCAGGUGACCAUGACCACUUGGGAUCCUAGAUACAUCAUCACUCAGUUUUCUGAGCAAGUCCGAAAACUUAUCAAAUUUCCUAGGAGGCCGUGUAGCUGUAGCACCUGUAUUUCCGAGCUGGGACAUUCCCUCUGGUUCGACCAGAGGUUUAACUCAACUAUGCAACCUUUCCUGACCUCACAAAAUGCCUUGAUCCCAGAGGACAACUACAGGUGGUGGCUGAAACUGCAAGGAGAGAAAUCUCCGAAGAAUAUUAAUGAUACUCUCAAGGAAUUGUUUGGGAUCAUUCCUGGGGACGGGGACCCACUGCAGGAGCGGAGCACUUUCUCAUGCAGACGGUGUGCCGUUGUGGGCAACUCCGGCAACCUUCGUCAGUCUCAGUAUGGCCAAGAUAUUGACUCCCAUGACUUUGUGCUCAGAAUGAACCGGGCACCCACCAUUGGUUACGAAUCAGAUGUUGGGAGCAAGACCACCCACCACUUUGUUUAUCCUGAGAGCUACAGAGAGCUGGCAGAAAAUGUGAGCAUGAUCGUGAUCCCCUUCAAAACCCUGGACCUGCGCUGGAUUGUCACCGCUCUCACCACAGGCACUAUCAACUUCACAUAUGUUCCUGUUCCACGGAAGAUCAAAGUCAAAAAGGAAAAGAUCCUGAUCUACAAUCCAUCUUUUAUCAAAUACGUCUAUGAAAACUGGCUUCAGAAUCAUGGGAGAUACCCUUCCACAGGCCUUCUUUCUGUGAUAUUUGCACUCCAUGUAUGCGAUGAGGUGAAUGUGUAUGGUUUUGGAGCAGACAGCAGAGGACACUGGCAUCACUACUGGGAAAACAACGCUUCAGCUGGGGCUUUCCGACAGACAGGUGUCCAUGAUGGGGAUUUUGAGUUCAAUGUAACUUUGACUCUUGCCUCCAUUGAAAAAAUUAAAUUUUUCAAGGGCAGAUGACCCUAGCCACAGGGACAAGUAGGGGCUGCAAUUUCCAACAUGCAGCAGCACAAAGCUCAGUGAAGAUGAUCUGGAUGUCAGCCAGGUUUGAAGGUGUGAAUCUGGAAUGGAUUCGGAGUAUCACACUGCUGCAAUGCUCACCACAGGGAGCUCAGCUGAGGACCAGCUUCAAUGCUGCACUUGAUUUGCUAUCUAUAGAUAGCUGGGAACUACCGAUCAGUUGUGGGAAUAAAUGACAUCCUGACUCCCUCCUUAGGCUCUACAGAUUGAUUCCUGAAUUACUGGUGAAAGAUCUACCUGUUGCAAUUUGGGGGAACUUGGGUGCAGGAACUGCUGUUUGUAUGUCCGUUCUUUCCUUGAGUAAGGCAAGAAAUCCUUGAAGAACAUGGGAAAUGUCUUCUAGGAUUUGACACCUACAGUAGCUCUGAACAUCAUAGUAAGAAUUACCUCAAAGUAAUGAAUUCAAUUCUGCUGUUAAUCUUUUCAAAUUCUCUUCUGUUUCCUCUUUUACUUCUGGUUUCAUGCAUUAUAAAGCAAAAACGUGAUGAAGUUGCCUGGAGUAGUAACUGUUUCUACCAUAGCCACAUUUUGCAUUGAUGGCAUCUAGGAAACGCAGAUCAAAUCACCUAUGAUCAUAUCUUAUUUAUUAUUGCUUCCUAUACAGCCAUAGUAAGAAAAAAAAAUAUUGAAAACUCCAGAAAAAAAGAAUAAAAAUAAAAGAAAAACGAAGGCCUUUUUUAGCCUGUUUAACUGUCUUGUUUAGUUAUACAUAACUUCUUAAAUUUUUUUUGUGAAAAUUACUCCAAAAUGCUUAUUUUUAUUUAAUCAGUUUAAGGUGGAAAGUGGACUGUUUUCUCUUUCAGUCGUUUACAUGUGCCUUUUAUAUUGUGCAAAGAUUUGAUUUUUUUUUUUUUAAUGGUGACAAAUGGUAUUUUUUUUUUUUAAUAAAGGGGAGGGAAAUUAACCAAAGUGUAGCCUCCAAGUGGUAUACUUUUGUAGUUGAAACUAAGAAUAAUAUCUUCUAUAUUGUACUUAAGAAUACACAAACAAGGCUAAUUUUUAAAGGUAGCUUUUACCUUUUUUAUGGGAAAAUAUCCAAAUGUUCCAAGGAAUCUUUUCCUCUUAUUUUUUUACAAAUUUAGAAAGUAUCUCUACAACAUCUACAUUUGAAAUGCAAGAGAUAGCAUGGGUUGGAAUGCAAGAUAGUGACACAGUAGUGAUGAAUCCCUUGCACAGUAGCAACAUCUGUGAAGACAUGAUCUACGCAAACUGAUCCCAGUGUAAGCCAGACUUUAUGUGUGUUGCUCAGGAGUGAAUGCAUUAUUGGCAGACAAGGAGAGGAGGGAAGUGACAGUGGCGAUUUUACAUCUGCAGAUUUGUCUGGAUUCAAAGAAUGAAGUUCAGGUUCUCAAGAGUGGAGAACUGUGGGUUUUGCUUCCCAAAAUAAUGAAAAUAGAACUUACGGAUUGUUGACCAAUUUUCAGCUCUGCUGAAACCAAUGGAGUUUUUGCCACAGGCUUCAAUGGACUUCAGAUCGGGCCUGGAAAAAAAAGUGUCUUUCAUUUCUAAUGGAUUACAGUGUUUGGGAUUUGAGGUAAUUCAGAAAUUGUAUCUAAAUGACCUGUCUUUCGUGCACCAGUUGCCACAACACGUCUUAGUGGAUGGGUGUUUUGGUGUGAGCUCAGUGAAAGCCUAGCCCUGCAACUGGUGAUGUGCUUCAGUCCAAGAUUUGUCCCCCCCGGCCGGCUUUUAAUAGUGUGCUCCCCUCCAAGGCAGCAGUUCAUGGCAUAAUGACACAGUCAGACGGAAUAUACGUGUUUCACCGAGAUGAACUCCUUUACCCACAUGACUAUUACUGGGCUUAAAGCGUGAAAGGAGCUGUGGAUGCCAAACAAGGAACUGAACUGUCUUUGUUGUACACGUAUAACUCUUCAGUUUAGCAAUAGGGAAAGGGCUGGAUUUUCAAAUCUUCAUUAUGAGACCUGUUCAUGAUCCUUAUGUCAAGAAGUCCUCUCCCAGCAUGUUGGCCAUCACAACUACUCAGCUGCGUGUCACAGGUGGAGCAAAUUCAACAUGCUUAAUGUUUCUACCUGAAUCUUGUUUAUUUUAAUAAUUUCCACUAUUUAAAUUGUUAAUAUGCUUCUGGAAAGAUGUCACACUAAUAUUAGUCAAGCAAAGAAACUUUAAGAGGAAAAAAUUCCUAUGGAAGACUCCAGCAUUAUCUUCACCCUCUGACUGGAUUCUGGAGAUUAUUUUUAAAUCAUCAGUUUGAAAUAUUACAAUUUAUUUUCCCAUUGUUUUCUUCUCUCAGACGUCAGUAAUGGGAACAUUUCAUUACUAUUCCAGUCAUUUUCAGAAAGGUAUGGAAGAGAGUUGUGGCUUGGUACUAUUUCCCAUUGAUUAUUUUACUACAAGUGGCAGCUUGCAGUCAAGAAAAGUGAUAUUAAAAAAAAAAAAAAAUCAGCUAUCUUCUAGCCCGUAUUAUUUUAAAAAGUUUCCUGUUGCUGCUCAAUUAAAUUUCCAACUUUUCCCUGGAUAUUCUGCUUCUGACAGCACAUACAGAGCUCUUGGCUCGUACUGUUCUGGAUAGAUUUAAAGUCUUCAUGUGACAACCUGCAAUUUGCGUUUUUCUUGCCAACUGCAGGUAGUAAUACGUACCACUGAGGUCCAUUUUUCAGAGCAGGAGGAGAGUAGAGGGUAGACCUUACAAGCUGUAGGAUGAAGGAUAGUCCACACCAUUGCAUUUCUAUUCCAGAGGAACUUUCUGUUGAGUCCUGUAUGUGACUGACUGCUCAUCAUUCAAAUGCCUUCGGAAUAAAGAGGUACCAACACAUGAUGCUGGAAGAAGAAUUCAUUCCCACUGUCAAUGGAAGACUGUCUGUCUUCCUGCUAUGAAUUUUCUAGUUUUAUUUUGUUUAAAAGAAGAAGUUGCUAAAUCAACAUGUCGAGACAUCAAACUCUUGAACUGUGUUUACCACCCCUGAAAAUUCUCUGAAUCACUCCUUGAGUGUGUUGUGUUCUUAACCAAAGCCAGAUGUCUUGAGCACUUUUUUUCUCUCAUGAACACAUUUUCUUCCAACUUUUUCUGGCUACAUAAUUGAAUAUGAUAAUCAUUUUCUUGUUGUUUUGUUUCAUUUGCUGUGUUGGUGGGCAGUCUCAAUCAUUCUUUGAUGUUUUAUUUAUUUAAUUUUUCAGUAUGAUAUGAAUCAAAAUAAAUUUUUUACUGUUAUCAA